AUGGCCAGCCGGGGUGGGGGCCGGGGUCGUGGCCGGGGCCAGUUGACUUUCAACAUGGAGGCUGUGGGCAUUGGGAAGGGGGAUGCUUUGCCUCCACCUACCCUGAAGCCUUCUCCACUCUUCCCUCCCUUGGAGUUCCGCCCAGUGCCUCUGCCCUCUGGAGAGGAAGGGGAAUACGUCCUGGCACUGAAGCAGGAGCUACGAGGGGCCAUGAGGCAGCUCCCCUACUUCAUCCGGCCAGCUGUCCCCAAGAGAGAUGUGGAGCGUUACUCAGAUAAAUAUCAGAUGUCAGGGCCGAUUGACAAUGCCAUCGAUUGGAACCCUGACUGGCGACGUCUACCCCGGGAGCUGAAGAUCCGGGUGCGGAAGCUGCAGAAGGAGCGGACUACUAUCCUACUUCCCAAGAAGCCCCCUAAGACCCCAGAAGAUAAGGAGGAAACAAUACAGAAACUAGAGACCCUGGAGAAGAAAGAGGAAGAAGUUACUUCAGAGGAAGAUGAGGAGAAAGAAGAAGAAGAAGAGAAGGAAGAGGAAGAAGAAGGGGAGUAUGAUGAAGAAGAACAUGAAGAGGAAACUGACUAUAUCAUGUCAUAUUUUGACAAUGGAGAAGACUUUGGGGGUGACAGUGAUGAUAACAUGGAUGAAGCUAUAUACUGA